UGGCGCUGCAAAGCUACCGGAUUUAAGUUUUGUUUUUCGGUUGCGGGUUUCUGACUCGGAGGUUUAGUGUGGCCUACAUCAUUUUGAUAGAUCAAUUUGGAUCGAGAGACUCUGGAAAGAGAUGGAGGUAGUUAGUUUUCAGGUUAUUUUUUACAAAAGACAAAUUGGCCCAACUUGGAGAAGUUUUGUGGAAGGAGAGAACAUGACUGUGAGGUUAUCUUCAUGAAAAUUUCUGUGAUAAGGUUGUUCAAAUAGAGGAACCCAAGUAAUCAGAACACCCAAGAUGGGACUCAAACUCACAACCCUGAGAUCAAGAGUCACAUGCUCUUCUGUCUAAGCCAGCCAGGCACCCCAAGAGUCCUACAUUUUAGGACAGCACGUUCUCACCAGCAGGUGUGAAAAGGACAGAAUGAACUUUACCCCAACACGAACCCCUGUCUCCAGAAAGCUGACAACUGCCUCCAAACAUGAUGUUGCCUGUGGCUUCAGUGGUCCCACCAACUGGAAGGGAAAGUCUUUCUUGGAUUCGGUGGAGUCAACUCCCUUGCCUUCCACACAAGAUCGUCUGGCUGUCCUCUGCCCUUCUCAGGAGCUUCUGGAAUAUUACCAAAAGAAGAUGGCUGAGUGUGAGGCAGAAAAUGAAGACCUGUUGAAGAAACUGGAACUCUACAAAGGAGCUUGUGAAGGACAGCAUAAACUAGAAUGGGAUUUGCAGCAGAGGGAGGAAGAGAUUGCUGAAUUGCAGAAAGCCCUAAGUGAUAUGCAGGUCUGCCUCUUCCAGGAACGGGAACAUGCUUUACGCCUCUACUCUGAAAACGACCGACUGAGAAUCAGGGAGCUAGAAGACAAGAAAAAGAUUCAGAACCUCUUGACCCUUGUGGGCACAGACACUGGAGAAGUGACCUAUUUUUAUAAGGAGCCUCCAAACAAAGUCAGCAUUUUCCAAAAGACUAUCCAGCCUGUAGGUAUAUGUGAACAGAAUGAAUUUUCCUCAGCUUUCAGAGCAGAUUCUAAAGUAAGCAAAAGAAAACCAGCAAUGAGAGAGAAAGAAGAAAGUUCUGAGCAAUACCAGGGAGACAUACAAACACUUACCCUGCAGGUGGAAGCGCUGCAGGCUCAGCUGGAGGAACAGACCAGGCUUUCUCGAGAGCAAGUUGAAGGGCUCAUAGAGGAUAGACGGAUUCGCAUUGAGGAAAUACAAGUGCAUCAACAGAGAAAUCAGGACAAAAUCAAAGAGCUUACCAAAAGUCUCCAUCACACCCAAGAACUUCUCUAUGAGAGCACCAAAGACUUUUUGCAACUCAGAUUUGAAAACCAAAAUAAAGAGAAGUCAUGGAUGCUUGAAAAGGAUCAUUUGAUGUCAAAGAUUAAGCAAUACAGCAUGCAAUGUAAGAAGAAAGAAGAUAAAAUUAGAAACGUUUGGCCAGUCAUUCAUGAGAAUCAUCAUCACCAAAAUGAAUAUGUUAAGUCCCUAAAAGAUAAGUUAGUACAAGAGAAAAAAUUGUCCAACAUGUAUCAAGAGCAGUGCAUUUCCCUAGAAGAAGAACUUGCCCGAAUUCGUGAGGAAGAGAGAGUGAGGAGAGAGAUCUUCAAGGAUCGCACUAACAAGAUGGGGAGGCGCUUACAGGUGAUGACAAAACGCUAUGAGGCCUUGGAGAAUCGGCGUAUCUUGGAAGUAGAAGGCUUUAAGACAGAUAUUAAGAUUCUCCGGCAGAGGCUGAAAGACUUGGAGCAAAUACUCUAUAAGGCAACACUUAAUGCCCAGGCAAACCAGGAUCUUGCCAUUCUGUGUGAGGUGCGUGACAGCAAUAGACGGGCACAUAAGCUACAAGGAGAACUGAAGAACCUUAAGUCCAAAGUAUUUGGUCUGGAGAAUGAACUUAGACUCUGUUGAUGUUUACAUUUAGAAAUGGCCCUCGUCUGGAAUAGGUCUGCUUCCUGAAAUCUGAGGAAAAGGUCAUUUUCUCCCAGAAUCUGUACACAUAGAGUCGGCUAGGACAGUGAUAUCCGUCAUUAUGAAGACCGGGCUAAGAGUUAGGGUCCACUAAAGGAGCUCUUCUUGCUAAGUUUUAGCUAUAAUUUUUGCUGUCCUAUUAGCUUUUUUUUUUUUUUUUUUUUUUGGUCUGGAUUGUAACCUUUCCCACAUUUUUUCUCCCACUUAAAAUAUGACAGUUUUUUGUUUUUUUAAGAAGGCAAUGGCAAUGAAAAUUUAGGAAGAAAGUAUUUUCUUCACUCAGCUGGGCUGAGUGUCAGUAGUUGGAACACUUUCCCUGAGAUCAAGGCAUCCUCUGAGGUUGCCCAAGGCAGCAAAUCACAUUCUGUCAAAUGUGAACAGGUAGUAAUUCUGCUAUUUAACUUUCUUCCCUCAUGAGCGGAAUUACUUUUUUUGGAUACCCAGUCUCAGGAAGUUUCACCAGAGGGCACUAAAGACCUCUUCCUUUCUUUCUCCCUUUAUUUCUCUCUUUUUCUUUCUAGAGACUCCAUUUUUAAACAAAAUGUUCACCUAGGAAAAUAAAAGUGCCACUUUGCUAAGAGUGAGUGAAACUUCAGUGAUCCUUGUAUGAAAGCUCAUCAUUUCACCAAUAACAUGUUUUUUAAAAAAUAAUGUAUAUAUUGUAUAUUACACAUUAACUAUUUUUCAAUAAAAAUGUAAUUGAGGAUA